UUUCUAUGAUGGAUCCCAACUCUGUACCAGAUAUAAUUCCAGUGGAAAACGUCAGCCAAUCCCUGUCCCAGAAUUCAUCUGACAGAUGUCUGUUCUCAGAGUCUAACAGAUUUCACGUCUCCUGUUGA